UAAACAUAUAAAAAGUGAAAAACACCAGAGUUUAAUAUAAUAAUAUUAAUUUUUUAAAAGCAAAAUAAAUGUUUAAUAUAGCAAUUGCAAGGCAUUAUACAAACAAACCCAAUAAGCUGCCUCGUAGCCAAAAGCAGCAGCUAUAUUGCAUUUUAAAUCAUCACCUUUUUAUAAGAUUUCUAAGAUUUCGUUUGAACCAAAUGAACUCACAUAAAGCUCAUUUGGUGACUUUACAGACAUGAAGUUAUUAAUCUUUUCCGUCGAUUUUAUGAAGUUAACCGCGCGACUGUUAAAUAGCCUUACAUAGCCUAUCUCCAAAUCGGGACAAAUUCAUGAAAUAUUGUCUAAUGGGUGAAAUAAUUCAUGAAAAUUGUUUGAGAAUAGGGCAUGGAAAAGACAAAUAUAUUCCGAAGCUAAUAAAAACAAUUAACUAAUUGGACUGAGGAGAAAAAUAAAAUGACACAAGAAAGCGGCUGUCUGUCUGAACUAUAGACUUAUUACUGUACUAAUAAAAACGAGAAAGAUGCUCACUCAUUCCUAAUUUAAAAAUAUAUCAAUUAAUUAAUUUAACGCAAGGUGUGUGAACAUUUAAAAUUCAACCCUUGAGCAACAAUUCAUAAAAUAAAUGAACGAAAGGAGUGAGUGAGUAAAUAAAGAGAUGCAUAAAUAUCGCCUACAUAAACCAUGCUGCCUUUGAUACCAUUACUUUCACGACUAAUUGGAUUUAGGCUGCUACCAAGGAGGUAAGCCUAAUUGUUAUCAUUUUCCAAUUUAUUUCUAGACCAUUCCUCGCAUGUCUUGGUAGACUACAGAUAAAGAAACGGUGGCAAUGAGAUGCAUUUGGCGUUUGACAUCUGAAAAUCAAAGCAUGUAAACAACUGCUUAUUCCUCCUCCCCACAGCAUCGCUCCCCCUUCCCUCGCUCGCUCGACGAGAAAGAGACCCUCACACACACACACACACACACACCUUGAUAAAGCAGUCUGACAACUUUUUAAAUUAUACCACCACUUUAGUCCACUUUCAUUUUAUAUGUGUCAUACAUGACUCAAAUAGUUUUACAUGUUCUACAAGGUGCAGAGUGAUGCAUGCAAAUAUAUAAUAGCCUAUAUAAGCGAGAAAAUUAACAACAAAAUAUAAAAUACUGUAUUUAAGGUUUUAAUUGUAAAUAACAUAAACAGGCUUUCAAGUGCACAUAUUGGCUGUAAUUUGCAAUAAUAAACUAAACCAAACCAACUCUAUGAAACAAUUUCCCAAUUGCAAUUUUCCACCAAAACUCGAAACUACAGAGAGAUCAGAUGAAUUUCAAUGUGAAUCACAAAUUGCAAAGUAAUUCACUUACACUUUGACUAUUCCGUUACACGCAUUUGUAGAAGCGUACGCUGAAAACUACAAGAAAGAAAAAGAAAGCCUCACAAAAAAAGUGUCAAAACACCAGCUAAACAGAAGUAAAAGGUCUGUACCAAGUGCUUUCCGAGCUCGGGUUGCCCAUCAGCAUCGGUUUGAAGAGAAAGUGACAGGUCUUUGUUGGUGAAUAGAAAUCAGUGGCAUUGGAGAGAGGGAGGACUCCUCCUACCCAAUUACCCAAGCUGGGCAGGCGUUUGCUCUCUUCACAAAUAGGACACAGGAUCUCUAACACACACAGUCCCAAACCUGACUUUCAAGCAUUCGGAUCCCCAGUAGGAGAUUGGGACUAUCUGAAAAUAUACGUUUAAAACAUCCUCCAGACUUCAACUUUGCCUUCUAUCGUCCGGACUAUACUUUUUUUGCACCAGCCCAACAAGACCGUGGAGAAGUGGACUGGUUCUCCUGCUGUUCCUGCGCCAUCCAUCAGAUCCAAACCGGCUUGAUUUUUAAAACAUUGAUUGCAUCUGUGUGAAUUUGUUGGUGUAGAUCCAUUCGGAUGCUUUAAGGAUCCGGAAAGCUGUAUAUGGAAGUUGUGGGACGCAAGGCGAAAGAAAGCAGUUGCAUAUUGCGUCCAGCAGCCAUGCUUUUCCACGGCAUCUCUGGGGAUCAUAUUCAAGGGAUCAUGGAGGAGAUGGAGAGGAGAUCUAAAACGGAGUCUCGGCUGGCUAAAACCGUUCAGGUGAACGGACGAGAGACGAGCAUGCCCUCCAUGAGCCCAGAGAAGCCUGCGCUGUGCGCCGGCUGCGGGGGGAAGAUCUCCGACAGAUACUACUUACUCGCCGUGGAUAAACAGUGGCAUUUAAGGUGUCUCAAGUGUUGUGAAUGUAAACUGGCCCUUGAAUCCGAGCUGACGUGUUUCGCGAAGGAUGGCAGCAUUUACUGCAAAGAGGAUUACUACAGGUUCUCCGUGCAGAGAUGUGCCCGCUGCCACCUCGGCAUCUCCGCGUCGGAAAUGGUGAUGCGCGCCAGGGACUCCGUGUACCAUCUGAGCUGCUUCACCUGCACCACAUGCAACAAAACACUGACCACGGGCGACCAUUUCGGCAUGAAAGACAGCUUGGUUUACUGCCGGGUCCACUUUGAGACGCUUAUUCAGGGAGAGUAUCACCCUCAAUUAAACUACGCUGAAUUAGCGGCCAAAGGCGGAGGGCUCGCGCUGCCUUACUUCAAUGGCACCGGCUCGGUGCAGAAAGGAAGGCCCAGGAAGAGGAAGAGUCAGGCGAUGGGGAUAGAUAUCGGCUCGUACAACUCAGGUUGUAACGAGAACGAUGCGGACCAUUUGGAUCGGGAUCAACAGCCCUACCCUCCGUCCCAGAAGACCAAGCGCAUGCGUACAUCAUUCAAACACCAUCAGCUUCGCACCAUGAAGUCCUACUUCGCCAUAAACCACAACCCCGAUGCCAAGGACUUAAAACAGCUCGCCCAAAAGACAGGACUGACCAAAAGAGUUCUUCAGGUUUGGUUCCAAAACGCACGGGCCAAAUUCAGAAGGAACGUUUUGCGGCAGGAGAAUGGGGGUGUUGAUAAGGCUGACGGCACGUCACUUCCGCCGCCCUCGUCCGACAGCGGUGCUCUGACCCCACCCGGCACGGCCACCACACUAACAGACCUGACCAAUCCCUCAAUCACCGUAGUAACAUCAGUGACCUCUAGUUUGGACAGCCACGAAUCCGGGAGCCCCCCACAAACUACCUUGACAAACCUUUUCUAACACAGAUUUGCUUCUUUUUUUUUUCUUUUUUUGUCUCCACCCCCUUUAUUUUCAGAUUCUAUUUUUAUUUUCCAAAACGGAAAACCCUUUGGCGACCACAGAAAGACUUUUGGAAAUGGAAGAUGACACCUACUAUGUGUAGCAUUUGUAACCGCGUGGCAGCUGAGUUUGUAGUAACUUGUCACCUGAUUUGUUUUUGUGAUCAGUUGCGAUUCAUUUUAUUUAUAUAAUUUAAGUUUUUACCCGCCAUGUUUAUUAAAAGAAAGUGUGUCAGCAUACAGCACAUGCUAUGUUGGCUGCAUAUUUCGGUAGUGGAAUUUAAAUAUAUUUGAGGAUACUUCCAGAAAUAUGUUCAGGAGACUCGUUGGGAAUGUUUCCCAUGCCAAGUGGAUGCUGUAACCUCAAUUUAGAUCUGUUUUGUCACUGACGCUGGACUCUAAUGACAGUUUGAAACAUUAAAUUUGCCACGAUGUGGUGCGAAUCAAUAUUGUGCCCAGUAGGAAGCAUUAUUAAAUUGAAAUGUAUGCUUUUAGCAGACGCUUUUAUCCAAAGCGACUAACAGUGCAUUCAGGCUAACAUUUUUUAUGUGCUGCCUGGGAAUCGAACCCAGAACCUUGCACUGCUAACGCAAAGCUCUACCACAGGAACACUAUUAUUACUGAUUUGUGAAAGCUAAGCAGUAAGUUAAUUAGGGACGACACACAUCACCCCGUUUUGAUUUUUUUUACGUUUUGCCACCAAUCAGACCAAAAAAAAGAAGAAAAAAAAUCGGUUGAGGCUCCUCGCUAGGGUGAAACAUUUCCUUCUGUGAUGACAAAUUUGUUCUGUUGUGGAGCAAAGUGGUCCACUUGAUCUACUUCAUGAAGUAGAUGCUUAACUCAGUUCUACUAUGUGCCUUAUGCGACUUGGACGAGACUUUGUGAAAUUCAGGAGAUACACGUUUGUUUGUUUGUUUGUUUGUUAAAUGAUUUCCAUCUUCUGAAAGCCUCACUAGUUUUGUACUGUUCUGUCUUUCAUCUGAUUUCUUUGCUGAAGAUCUUUUGAAUGGUGUAUUCCGUUACGAGGGGGCGGCGAUGUCAUAGACGGCAGUUGUGCACUCUUUCAGAACUAGUUGGGAAAUCCGAGAAUCAUAUAUAUUGAUCUUCGUGUUAAUAGUACAGUACAUGUUCUAUCAAGAUUGUCCAUGUUUCCUUGUUUCUUGAAAAAAAAAGAUGGUGUAUAGAAACUAUUUCCCCUUAAAUAUUUAUGGACCAAACAGUUGUUAUAUCUUAUUAAAUUUGUGUGAAUAAAACUA